UUGAAAUAAUGAGGUUAAGCAUAGGAAAUUCAGGUAAGUUAUUGCACAUUAUUUACAGCAUGAUAAAGUUUAUUGACAAGUAGACUUGCACAGAUCGUAGCAGGAAACAGAUCCCCAAGGAAAGCAUCAACUAGAAAAAAAUUACAUUUAUGUAACCCCUUGAUACCAUUGUUGCCAUGCAGAUUUUGCAUGAGAUGAAUAGCUCAGUGAAGGACUUAUUUUAAUAUUUUUAAGGAAGGAAGUGAGUUAAAGAUUUGGAUCUAGGCGAAUAGGUGUUCAGAACCUGGGCUACAUACAUGUAGGUAAAAAUACUACACACUGUUGCAAUGUAAAGGAGAUCAGCUUUGUGCAAGCAGGCAGGAUUGGAGAAUUGUGAAGGUCGAUGAAGUGUUGGAUUGGUUGUGAUAGAAUAUCUGGAGACUUCAAAAGGAACAAAUAAUUCUUAAUUCUUUAUUACAACACAUGCACCUAAUUAGGUCAGUGGGUAUAGGACUUGUUCCAGUUGCUUGCCAGACAGCAGAGCUUUGGGUUGAUCGGGUUCAACCUAGAAUGGAAGAGCAACAGAUAAUUGACGGUGAAGGUCAGUAAGGAUUUGAUGUGUUUCAGCAAAGAUCUGAGGCAAGGUUGAAGAUCAAUGAUAUUGUGGGGGUGACAACGACAGUGUGGGUGAUGUCGGGGAAGAGAAGUUCAGCUCAGGGUUAAAGUGGAUGUUGAAAGUUGCCAACUGCCAGGAUCAGUCUUAAAUAGUUGCCAGAGAGAACAAUGGUCAUCGACAAGGGAAUGGAAUUUAAAUUAGAGAGACUUUGUUCAGUAAUUUACUGAAAAUAGAUUCUGAUCAUUCAAUACUGGAUAAACAAUAAAUCCAAGGGAAUGAAAUAGUUGAGAGAGGAUAGCCAUUUGAAAUGUGCACACUGAUCUCAUCAGUUUAAUGGGCAGCGCACACAUGCAAAAAGUAAUGAUGAUCAAGGAAAGGUAGAGACCAUUGUGGGUUCCAGCUUUCGUUGAUCAUUGUUACUUUUUGCAUAUCAUCCUUUCAUUUGGUCUAUGUCUCUCUAUAUCACCGUCUAUCUCUCGUUUCCCUUUCCCCUGAAUCUCAGUCUGAAGAAGGGUCUUGACCCAAAGUGUAACCUAUUCCCAACAAUGACUUUUCUAAUGAUUUGCUGUCCUGGUAGACCAAUCAUUUGUGAAUCAUGCACUAUGUCAUCCUGCAAUCUCCCUCCAUUCUUAUUUCUUCCUCAUUAUUAUCUUUACACAGAUCUGUGUCCAUUCAUUUAUCCAGAUCACUUUGUAGUCUCAUUGCCUCCUCAACUUAAUCUCCUGCUAUAAACAAUGGUAGACUUGAAGGGGGCAGCACUAGAAGGGAUAGAACUGUGAGCAAUGUCAUGUCGUUGGCACUGUGAAAUGCAGGAAGAGGGAGAGCUAGUGAGCAGUUUGAUUAUAAGUAGGGUUAAGGUAGCAGGAGGCAGGUCUUCUAAAUGAAGGGUGUUCAGAGGGGGUGUGAAGAGAGAAGAUGGACGUUCAGGUGUAAGAUGGGGCAGCAAGUGCUUUUUGCUGGAGAAUCCAAUGAAAGGAAAGAGCUGAAAUAAUGGAAGAGUUGGCUGUGAUCCAAAAGUGUGCAUGUCCUCCAGCCUUCCAUCAAGGGAAAGUAAUUCUCCAGCUGGCUGCAGUGCAAUAGUUGCUGCUGCUACCUCUACCUCCAGCCAUCUGGGUUUGAUCGUGACUUCCAAUACUGUGUGCGGAGUUUGCAUGUUCUCCUUGCAAUCAGUGGUGCUCUGAUUUCUUCCCACAUCUUAAAGCUAUGCUGGGAGGCUGAUUUCUCCUAUUAUAAAUGGAUUGCAAGAGAAUGAACAGAUAGUUGAUGGCAUGUGGGAGAGAGAAGCGUACCGGGAAAUAAUUGAGCAAUAGAAUUAAUGGAAUGUUCUGAGAACAGCAUGGGUGGAAUGGCCUAUUGUAUGAAAUGGAGCAAAACUCUUUUUUGAGUUUUUAUUUUAAAAAAUGUAAAAAAACUUGACCCACACAUCUUUACACUUUUCUCCUCGCGCUUUAUAGCUAUGCCCAUUAGUCUUUGACAGUUCCACUCUGGGUGAAAAAUGUCUGCCGAUAUACACUUAUCCAUGCCUCUUGUGAUUUUAUAAACUUCUAUCAGCCUCUAACGCUCCACAGAAAAUAAUCCCAGUUUGUCCAACUGCUCCUUAUUGGUAAUACUUAUCUAAGAUCCAUCUGUAUAUCAAUGCGAUUAAAGGUCGUGCAAUUAACUGCAUAUUUUCCUCUUACCUUUGACCUUACACAGUGCAGCACCUCACACUUGCUUGUAUUAAACUUCAUCUGCGAACAAUAAUGGUACGUGCAUUGAUUGCUGUUCAAAGCUACUGGUUACAGACCUCCAGGCAGAAUGACACCCUUCCACCAUUACCCUCCAACUUGUAAUGGUAACGAGUUUAGAAUUCAAACCGCCAAGUCACUGGAUCUCAUGCAUCUUAAUCAGCCUACUAUGAGAGAUCUUGUCAAAUGCCUCAUCAAUCACUUUGUCACCUCUUCCAAAAAAAUCAAGUUUGCAAAACCUGAGGGAGCAAGCUACAGUAUGUGAGAGAAAUGUAAAGAUCAUCUUGGCCAAGAGGGUGAUUUGAAAAUAUAAAUUAAUAAAUAUGCCCUGGACUUAGUGAAAGGCUUUGAUCAUUUUUCAGGCUGAAUUGACAUUUUGGGUACGAGAAGCAUCAUGGACAUUCAUGUUUAAGUAAUGUAGAUAUCAGAACUGGCAACUGCACAGGUGUACACUUGCACCUCCUCCAACCUCAUCUGCUGCAUCCGCUGUUCCAGGUGUCAACUUCUGUACAUCGGCGAGACCAAGCACAGGCUCGGCGAUCGUUUCGUUGAACACCUCCGCUCAGUCCGCCUUAACCUACCUGAUCUCCCGGUUGCUCAGCACUUUAACUCUCCCUCCCAUUCCCAAUCUGGCCUUUCUGUCAUGGGCCUCCUCCAUUAUCAGAGUGAGGCCCAGCGCAAAUUGGAGGAACAGCACCUCAUAUUUCGCUUGGGUAGCUUACACCCCAGCGGUAUGAACAUUGACCUCUAACUUCAAUUAGCCCUUGCUUUCCCUCUCCAUCCCCUUCCCCUUUCCAGUUCUCCCACCAGUCUUACUGUCUCCAACUAUAUUCUAUCUCUGUCCCGCCCACUCCUCUGGCAUCAGUCUGAAGAAGAGUCUCGACCCAAAAUGUCACCCAUUCCUCUCCAAAGAUGCUGCCUGUCCCGCUGUUACUCCAGCAUUUUGUGUCUAUCUUCGAUUGCACACGCUGGAUGCAGGAAACAUGUUCCUGAUGUCGGGGGAGUCCAGAACCAGGGGCCACUGUUUAAGAACAAGGGGUAGGCCAUUUAGAACUGAGAUAAGGAAAAACAUUUUCACCAGAGAAUUGUGAAUUUGUGAAACUUGGAUGUGGUCAAUUGGACUCGCCACUAAAGACUAUCGAAGACUAAAUCAACACCCCUGAAGCCAGACCCUGGGUUAGGCCACUGUGCGUACUCGCUCCACAUCAAUCCACCCUCUCCAAAAUCUCCCAUUGACCCCUGCGUUCUCUUGCGCUCUUGCCUGGUGCAAUAACGAAUGGUAAUUGCAGCAGCAUUACACACAUUUAGAAGCAGACAGCACACAAAAAAAAAAUUAUACAUAAAUUUUACUUAUUUUAAAAGAAAGGAGACGGUGAAAGAAACAAGACAUUAAUGAAAAACAUAAAUUAGAACAAAAGAAGUAAGUUGAUGGUAGUGCAAGAGGUGGACCAUAAUGAUCUGUUGAGGUAGGAUUAGGGUUAUAUGGUAUUGAUGGGGCAUCUUGGUCAGCAUGAAUGAUUUAGACUGAAGGGUCUGAAUCCAUGCUAUAAGGCACUGACUAUGUUUUGGACAUUUAUGACAUGUUUUACCUUUUUGGAGUAAAAACCUGGAAAAGAAAUGCUGUCGCACCACCACGUGGUUUUACUCGACAUCCACAUCUGUGAAGAAGCUGUGGAACCAGGUGUAAAUGGUCUGUUGAUGAUUGACCAGCCCUUGCCUGGCUCUGCUUUGAACACGUGUAUUUACCCAUAAUGUCCUUGACUUCGUGCCAAAUGUACACGUUUCCAUUUAAUCCUCUUUUUUUUUUUAAAAAGCAUCAAGUGUUAGGAUUCACAGUGAGUCAGGUCUGGAGCAAACCAUGGCUGGGCUUAAUGUGUCGUGCGGAUAUUUCUUUGCUGUUCUGGCUCUCUGUCAGGUGGUUAGGAUGGUUUCCAGGAGACUCUUGCCACUUCAGGUCUACAUCUUCCUGGCAGAGUUGGCCACUUGCUUCCAACUGGGGGCCUUCUGGCUUGAGCUCAGGAUGUUGGUGGUCAUCGGGCCAUGGGGAGGUGGGUUUGGGAUGGAUGUAGUUCUGACUCUACUGUUCAUCCUCUUCUUGAUCCAUGAAGCCACGUUGGAUGGCGCACAGGCCAACCCCCUGAUCACCUUGCAGGAGCUGCUACGCUCCAACUCUUCGCUGGCAGUUGCUACACUGAAGACCUUGUCCCAGUUCGGGGGGACACACUUGGCCAGUGUGGUUGCCAAAGUGUACUGGUCCUGGGAGCUGACGGACUUCCACCUCAUCCAGAACAUGAUGGCCAUUGACUGUAGCUCCGCCAUUCAGACAUCUGUGAGCCACGCUGCCUUGGCUGAAGCAGCCUGUGCUUUCCUUUUCCACUUGGUUGUGAUGAAGUUUGAGGGAGCAGCUUUGGGCUACAGGAUCCUGUCCAAAGCCCUGACCAUCACUGCCUUGGUGUACACAGCUGGCCCAUAUACCACAGCUUUAUUUAAUCCAGCACUAGCAUUCUCUGUGACGUUCCACUGCUCUGGGAACACAUUGCUGGAAUACAUGCUCGUGUACUGGCUUAGCCCACUCAUCGCAACAACUUUGGCUGUCUUACUAUUCCAUGGGAACAUUCCUCUGGUUUUCUCCAAGAAUCUCCUCUAUUCCCAAAGACCAAAGUACAAAAUUCCCAAAGGGAAAUCAACAUUGGGUCCAGAGGAGAACAAGACAGCCAACAGGCAACAGGCAAGGAAGAGAAACAUCCAUAAGAAGGUUUUGGAGGUGGUCAUGGACAAAGAAAACAAUUGAGACCAAAAUGUUUGCCAGUGGAGGGUUUAAUUUAGUGUAAAUUAUUGGAAACACUGCCUGGAAAAGUGGUGGAAACUAAUCGAUUGUGGUUUAUAAAGGGGAAGGGAUAAAAACCUAAAAUAAAUAAUAAUGUUGGGCUAUGGGAACAGAGCAGGGUUGAGUAUGCUGCCAGAAUGUAUAUGAAGAUGGUGACUGGCUGGUAUUUUACAUUGGAGCUGUUUUAUAAUGCACACACAUUUCCUGUAACAUUUCAUUAAUUCAGCACCUUCGAGACCUUGGUGAUGCUGUACUGGAAGAUUUACAGACUAUUGGAUGUCAUUUCAAUUAAUUUUCCAACACACAUUUUUUUUUGCUGCUUUGUUUUAGACUACAUUUGAAGAAAAACGGAUUUAUUUGGUUAGCAUGGGAAUUAGACUAUUCUAGCUGGUCUCUCGUGGAUAAGAAUGAGUUGGAUGAGGUGGUAAUCUUUAGUUCCAAAAGAGGAGGUGACUGGGAAUGAGGGCAGCAAAGACGCACUGAAAAUAUUGACAGAUUUGAAAUAGAAUAGAAAU